ACAGCAAGAUAGGUAUUCGCAAAAUAUCGCUGAACAGGCUGAAAUAGUAUGAAAGUGACUCGUCGUUAUCUGCAGGUGCUUUUAGUGAGUUGCUUGAUCAUCUCCACAGUCCUUUUGUUGCGCUACAAGAACGUCACACUUCCGGCAUUUGAAUGGUCGUCCGCUGAUGAGCUCUUUUGCCAUGAUAUUUCCGAUCAAGCAGCCCUUCCAGACAUUUCGCAGCAUCCUCCAAAUCCGAACAAGCGCAACAUCUUCUUCCUGGAAACCACAUGCAACUCCUUUCGACGGGGCAAACUCUUCAUUAAAGCCCGCCAGGCUUGUGCCGUUGAAAGCGCAGCUAGACUAAAUCCCGACAUGGAUGUGCACCUUCUCUUUGCUUCACCAGGCAUAUUAAAAGAUGAAAACACCCAGUCUGACCGGCUACUGCACUCCCUGACCGCGUAUCCCAAUGUGAAGCUGCUGCACUUCGAUCUGCAGCAGUUCAUCCAAGACAGUCCGGUGGAGGAGUUGUGGAGCAGUGGCAGGAUCAAGGAGUCGCGGUAUCCAGUGGCUCAUGUCAGUGAUAUUUUGAGAUUGCUGACUCUAUGGAAAUUUGGCGGCAUCUACCUAGACCUAGACGUGAUUGUUCUGAAAAGUCUGACAACAUUACCGGAGAACUUUGCAGGCGCUCAAUCUGUCGAUCUAGUGGCAAAUGGCGUGAUGGGCUUUAGCAGAACGGGGAAAGGCCACCAAUACAUGCAGGAGUGUUUGGAAGAUGCGGCGCUCAAUUUCAAUGGGAUAAUUUGGGGCGAAAACGGCCCUAUUCUCAUCACUAGAAACAUAUUCAAACACUGUUCGAAGUUUUCGUACCCGAUGCUGAUUCGAUUCGGCAUUUGCGAUGAAUUUCGCAUCAUUCCCCCGUCGGGAUUCUACCUCCUUCCCUAUCAAAACUGGCAGUUGUUCUUCGAAGAAGAUCUGGCAGGUAAUAUCGUGUCCUAUGCAGAAGCAAACAGCUAUUUGGUGCAUGUGUGGAAUAAACUGAGCUUAAACUGGACGAUUCUGAAGCGGGAUUUGAAUGUGCCGUAUUUGCAGUUAGCCACCAAGUACUGUCCUGGCGUUGUGCGGGAAUUGGAUGUGGAAUUUUGAGUUUUCAAUGCA